AUGGGAAAUUGCUUAGUUUUGCAGGCAAAUGUAAUUAGAGUCAUGAAAACAGACGGGAAGAUCCUAGAGUAUAAAGCUCCCAUGAAAGUAUAUCAAGUGUUAUCAGAAUUUGCUAACCAUGCAAUAUCUGAUUCACUACCUGUUGUCCAGCAUCUACGUGCAGAUACUGAGAUGGUUGGUGGCCGCCUGUACUAUCUUCUGCCACUACCAGUCCCCCGGCCAAAACCUGCAAAAAAGAAGGUCAAGUUUGCAGAUCAAGUUGAAGAAGCUGAUCAACAAGGGACUGGAGUGGUAAGGGUUAAGAUCAUCAUCAGCAAGCAAGAGUUGCAAGCACUAUUGAGUAAAGAUCAGAUAUCAGUUGAUGACAUGGUUCGCCAUCUUCAAAAGGAAAAAAGCUCAGAUGAAUUGAAUAGAUGUGCAGCUGAUGAGGAAGCAAAUUGCAAGGGAUGGAAGCCAAUGCUGGGCAGUAUACCUGAACUUGACUAG